GAGCUGAAAUGCAACGACAACGGCGAGGUAAGUGCGAUACCGUGAGGCUAAAUGUACCCUCAGCAUUUUUGAAACCCGAGUGUUUCUCUCAACCCUACACCCACAAAUAUUGCAUCACGCAUUUUUCGUUCGAUAUAGUUUUAAGAAAUAUUCUUAGAAGUAUAAUAACCCACAACUAUCAAAGUUCUGUAUAUUGUGUCAGCACUCAGCCCAAACUUCAACAACCAUGACAAGCAUCCCAAAGAUCGCCGUCGACAACAUCUUACCUCCACAGCCGCUCAAGCGAACACGAUUAAAGGCUGAUCUCGAGAGUAUUUUCUCAGGAUUCAACGUUAUAGAGAAGCCGAAUCAAGACAAUAGAUUCAACUUUGGGACGGGGCACCAUUAUAUUCAUUUCAUGGACGGCGCCGAGCUCUACGUUGAUAGCGAUGGAUCUGGUAUCUAUGUGGACAUUGCAGGAUUUCGUUCCCUCUUCGUCCGCCCCAAAAAGCAGCAAGAAGCAUUGAGGAGGGAGAUUGUAAAGGAAUUGAUGAACGCCUCGGAUCUCGAAUUGUUGAGGUUUGGAGUUCGAAGAUUUUUUGCCAAGCGGGCGGUAAGAGAGCUCGGUAUACUCAAGCUCAGAAGGUAUGGAUAUAACGAUAAAGUCGACGCAGUUAUAAGCGGGCGGAAAUGGAUAGUGGAGAAAAUAGAAGGCGAUGAUUUGCGUCCAAGCCAUGGAGAAUUAUUAAUUGAAUUGAUUUUUUGACCCAGCAAAAUAAUGUCUUGGUAUUCUUCCCUA